GCGGAGAUGUGACUGAGCGGAGGUCAUAUUAGUGCCUACAUACAUUUUGACUACAAAUCCCAGAAGACUAUUCAUUACAGUCUGUUGCUUCGUCACAGAUUGUCUGCAUGGCUAAAAUGAGGAAGAGUUUUUUAGGUUCCCAUUCAAUGACAAGAACGUGAAGGACUGACACGCCCGGGACCAUAAACCACCAAAACAUCGUUUAUAGUUUUAUGUCUGGAGUCGUUGGUGACAUUGGUUCGGUUUAUGGACUUUCGGAACUUGUGACUUUAACGGAGCUUGUUAGCUAAGGCAGCUAACUACAGAAGACCAACUGUUUAAGCUGCACCAGUCGCUACUCUGUAGGGUGGGUUGCCAAGCCAACUCCAGCUUGCCCGGUCACCAUGGCUACCAACGAGUCUGUGCCUCUGCGGAUCUUCUCCCUCAACUGUUGGGGCCUCCGUUAUGUCAGUAAGAACCGUGAGGAGCGCAUGGUCAUGAUUGGAGAUAAGCUGAGCAGAGAGAACCACGACAUUGUCCUUCUACAGGAGGUGUGGAGUGAGAAGGAUUUCCUCUAUCUGAAGAAGACCCUCUCCAGUACUCAUCCACAUUCCUAUAACUUCAAAAGUGGAGUUAUAGGCAGUGGACUCGCCGUUUUCUCCAGACACCGAAUCCUUGAUGUUUUUUUCUACCGUUUUUCUGUGAAUGGAUACCCUUACAUGAUCCACCAAGGAGACUGGUUCGGAGGGAAGGCUGUGGGAAUGGUACAGAUGAAGAUCAAUGGGCUGAUGGCCCAUGUCUACGUCACGCAUUUCCACGCAGAAUACUGUAGGGAGAGGGACAUCUAUCUGCCUCAUCGAGUCGUUCAGGCCUGGGAGCUGCAGCAGUUCAUCCGGCACACGUCCAGAGGGGCCGACCUGGUCAUCGUGGGCGGGGACUUGAACACGCACCCCCAGGACCUGGGCUGCCGUCUGGUGCGGGCCUACACGGGCCUGAGGGACAGCUACACAGAGACGGACGCGUUUGAUGGGUGUGAGAAUGGGCUGACUCUCAUAGCCAAGAACCCCUAUGUCAGUGCAAAAGAGCUGGGUCCCUUUGAGGAGGGCAUCCGUAUCGACUACAUUCUCUUCAGGGGAUCCAAGUGUGUGGAGGUGAAGUGUGAGUCGCUUAGCAUCACCCAGGGAUCGUGUCCAGGUCAGGCCAUUCCCCUGUCAGACCAUGAGGCCCUGAGUGCCCAGCUCUUGCUGGUGCCCACUGACCCCAACAGACAGAAGAGGGAGCCAGAGAGCAGCGAGGAGAACACAGGUAAGCUGGCGGAGCUGGUGGACCUGGUGACGGAGGCGCGUACAGAGGUGAAGGUGGGGGUGCACUGCGCCGAGCGCCAGCGUCACAGGGCAGCGCGGACGGGUGCGAUGGGCCUGGCGCUUCUGCUGCUGGAGCUGGCCAUGGCGUUGGUGCCUUGGCUCCUCCCGGCGUCAGCGGCCGCCACACAGCCCUUCCCGCGCGGCUCCUUCUGCCUGCUGGGGGCGCUGUGCUUCUGCCUGCUGCUGCUCGCCACCCUGCUCUGGGUCUUCCACAGCGGCGAGAUCAAGGCCCUGCGGAGUGCCGACGACCAGAUGAGGCUCGCCGCCGCCAGCCUGCUCGACGAGCAUCGCGGGAGGACACCGACGCCCACGAGACACGCCCACGGGGACAGCCCGGCCAAUCAGCACGCGGGAUCCACCUCUAAGGAGGAUUGAGGAGAGCAGUUAUAUUAUCAGUUAGCAGGAAUGAUAAGGUGUGGUUUUUUGACUCCCCGACUGAAUCAGUUGAAACAAUCUCUGAUGCUCUGAAAGGGACCAAUUUCCUCCUCAAGCCGCAUAGAAAGCACAGUGACUUUUCUGAAUAAGCUCAAACGGAACGUAGAGAUCGAAAGACUAAAUCUCUCCUCACCCUUUUUACUAAAAGUAGCUCUGCUCUUCUCUCAGGAAUGUGUGAGUGCUACCAUGGUGACGGAAGUGGGCUGUAUUACCUCUUUUCCUCUGCCCUCUGAGGUUACCAUGGUGAUGGAAGCAGACUGUUUUACCUCUUCUCCUUGGCCCCCUGAUUUUACUACCAUGGUCAUUGAAGUAGACUGUAUACGUAGCCCUCUGAUGCUGCUGUGGUGAGGGCUGAAGGCUGUUUGAGCCUGUGUAAGGUUGGCCUUCUCUUCAUGACUUCCUGAUGAAAGCCCUGCCGGACAGUGGCUCUUUGGGACAAGCCAGCUCUAUUAUCUACAGUGUAUCUAUGUCUUGGUCUUAUGUACCACUCAUCAUCAUCAUCAUCAUCAUCAUCAUCUGUGAGAGUUGUUUUAUUUUCAUCUGUAUCAAGCUUGUCAAGUUUUGGCAUGCAUGCAGCAUCAUCAUUAUUAUCUGCACUUAAGGGAAAAUGAGGUGUCACGCUUGCACUUUCCUUGUUCUCCCUCUCUCUCUCUCACUCACUCUCACACACUCACACACACACACACACACACACACACACACACACACACACACACACAGUCACGCUUGCACUUUCCUUGUUCUCUCACUCACUAACUCACACACACACUCACACACACCUGUGAGAGCAAGUGGGAACUGCUCAAGUGGGAAAGUGAGGGCAGCCGUGGCCUGCGGUUAGGGCUUCGGGCUUGUAACCGAAGGGUUGCCGGUUCGAUCCCCGACAAGUAGGAAAAAUGUGGGCGG